AUGUCAGAUCCGAGCAAUACCCCACCAAACGCCAGCUCCACAGCCACAGCCACUGUCGCGGCCUGCGUCACCGACGACCUGCCGCCUGUCCGCAUCGACCAUCUCUGCUACCCACACAUUCUCGACCUGGUGCUCGCAUACGCACCCCGUCCUGCGCUGCUCGCUCUGCGGAGAACGUGCCGUGCAUACCGGGACCGCGCCGACGCCCUGCUCGCCGAGCACGUCGUGCUGGACCUCGUCUCCGAUUCGAGCGGAUAUGACUAUGUGCGCGUCAAGAGCGCCGAUGGCGGCCGGCUCCCGUGUCUCGCCGGCCAAAACGUCUUGUUCAACGACACCCGCUCUGCAAAUAUGUUGGGCCGGUGCGCGCCCGUGCUCAAGAGCACGCGCGUGGUGGACGUUCGCGGGCGGAUGACCGCCGACGUCCUGUGUCCCCUCUCGCGCGCCAUGCCGGGCACGACGGUGCUCCGCCUAGACGGCGGCAACGACGACGCCAUGGCCUCGUGUCCCCUCCGCACACCUACGGUGGUGGUCUUCAGCUCGCUCCUGCCCGCCCGCAGACCGCGCACGCUCCUCCCGCGCCUGCCGACGAUACCAGCGCACGUCCGCCGCCUCAUCGUCAAUGUGGCGUACACCAACGGCGACCCGACGCUGCCGGCGUCCUUUAUCGCGCCGUACGGCAAGGCCGACACGCUCGACGACUUUGUCAUCGUCUUCACCAAGCUGGCCAUGACGUCGCGCGUGCCCAAGCUGUGGUCGUGUGAGUCGUCCGACACACUGGGAGUGCUGCACCACAUCAUCCACGCCAUGGGCCGGCACAUCCUCGUCAAGAAAUACACGUUUGUGGGGCUCAACGAGCUCGACCCAGUGUGCCUGGGCCUGCCGGGCGCCGAGCCCGACGAGGUCCGCAAGCAGACGGUGGCGGCCGUGGACGAGCAGCUGCGCGGGCUCGCGCAGCAGUUCCAUCUCGACGACGAGGGGAUGGAAGACGUGCGUCCAGAGCUGUGUUUCUUGAGUCGGGGCGAGUACUGCGAUUUGGUGGGCAAGGGCCAGUUUGCGGUGGAUACAGCCGGGUAG